AUGUACAGAGAAGGCCUAGGCAGGAGGCGCGGGGUCUCUCUAGCCCUCAAUGAAAGGGUAUUUUGUGCCAACCGAACCCUACCGGUACCCCCUGACGAGGUUCAGGAAGUCAGCGAUGACGUAGUAAUACCGAUGCAUAACGAGAUCAGGGUACACUUUGAUGAUUACCACGUACAAGAUGACUGGGAGCCAUCGUGGAUGCGUUUCGACCAUGCCGAUUCCGCAAUCGAGCGGUCGAUACAUAAAAGCUCGGAGUUGUAUGUCAAUCUUCUAGACGAGGCUCUGGCAGAGGUUGCAACGCUGGAGAAGGCAAGGGCCGAGAAAGCGUUGAAACAACAGUUGAUUUCAAAAGGUUCAGAACAAUCGGGAGAAGCGUAUGCUUCGCACCAAGCAACAGGUGCUGAAAAUACUUGUGAACCUAGCGAUGCUACGACGCCGCAGCAAAAACCGGUAAAGGAAACACAGGAGACCAAUGGUCCCUUUGCGGCGCAGCCGCUGUGGAAUGGGAUACAGGCAACGCAGAACAGUCCCCCGCCAAACGUGCCAUCUACGGUGAAUACAGACAAUCCAGACAUUUUUGGCACAGGAAUGCAAUGUGAGGCAGAGGAGUUAAAGGCUGUCAACAAGGAUGAAGCAAUGUCGAAAUCGGACGGUAAAAAGGAUUAUGUACCAGAUAAUACCUAUACCCAACAUGUUGACAGCUAUGAGGAUGAAUACAUGGCGCUGAGGUCCGAAUAUGAGGCCUUCGUGCAGAAUGGCGACCCCUCAGUUAAGCAUAUCAGAGUAGACAUCGCAAAAAAAAUCAACACAACUGUGAACACGUUGGCCAACACACAAAAGCAAGUUGAUAACUCGUAUACAACCCUGUUGAAUAUCAAAAAUCAAUACGAAAACGAGCCUCAUGUACUUCUAUUUUUGGUCUUCAGGGUCAUUGAAGCCGUAUUGGAUUGUUGUGAACCAGGCUGCCAAAUGUACCUCAACCCAAAGUCUGUAUGGCCAUCAGCCCAUCUAAUCAGAGGUAUCAUGAGUUUUCAUUCGGGUUGCCUAGCGAUUUACUUCACCACGAUGAAGAAACGUUGCCCUUACACGAUACCGCGACUAUACCAAGGCACUGACGAGGUCGAACUACAGGAGCGACACCAUUACUCCAAGCACAACAAAAACACGUACUUCAAGAAACAUCUAGCUCUUGUUAGGUUGCAUCUCGCACUUUUGGUCGUAACAGAGGAUACGAAGGGUGCUUGGGGAUGGUUUGCCUCUUUCCUCAAUGCGUGUACCCAAAAUGUUUUCAAGCUCCCGUUGUCAGGAGUAUUGGUUACUGCGCUGACGAUAGCUGGACACAUGUGCUGGAGAGCUUACAAUGAGCAGUUCGCAAAGGUAGGUCUAGUUCAAAGCACUGCUGUGGUUGCGUACUUCCUGAUUAUUGCCUAG